AGAAAAUCAAGGAGAUGAUGAAGGAGAUGUAUGUAUGGACGACGAUGAAGUUGCUAUGCGAUGCGACUCAGUGCUAUUGCUGUUUGGGGGAUUUUGACUGCGAUCCAUUGAAUGGGUAUUCUAAGUAUUUGACCCAUAUUAGACUUGUUCCAAGUAAGUACCAACAAGGCAACAAUGGUCAUCUAGUUAUUUAAAAAGUGGCUAAGGAUCAUUAGACAUUUUCAAAAUUCUUAUCUAAAAGGGUAAACAACUAUCAAAGACUCGACUCUCAUUAGAGAAUUUCAAGUUUUCUCUUUCUCUUGCUUUCCUUUCGAAGUUUUUUCUUGUAGCAAAAGUUAAGUUAGCUCGUCUGAGAAAAGGGUGUAAUGGGCUGUUUCUGUUUUGGAGGCCACCAUCAAAGAGCAGAUUCAUCCAUGAACCAGCCAGUAAUUCACAUGCAGCCUAUUGCUGUACCGGCCAUUCCAGUGGAUGAAUUGAAAGAUAUAACCGAUAACUUUAGUUCAGAGGUAUUAAUCGGUGAGGGUUCAUAUGACAAAUUGUUUUACGGUGUUCUUAAAAGCGGUAAAGAAGCUGCCAUCAAGAAACUUUACCCUACUAAGCAUUCAGAUCAAGAAUUUCUUUCCCAGGUAUCAAUGGUUUCAAGAGUGCAACACGAGAAUGUUGUUGCACUUAUGGGUUAUUGUGUUGAUGGCCCUCUCCGUGUUCUUGCUUAUGAAUAUGCUCCUAAAGGGUCUCUUCAUGAUGUUCUUCACGGUCAAAAUGGUGUCACAGGAGCACUACAAGGUCCUGUUUUGACGUGGCAACAAAGAGUCAAAAUCGCUGUUGGUGUAGCCAGAGGACUUGAGUACUUGCAUAAGAAAGUGAACCCUCAGGUUAUCCACCGAGAGAUCAGAUCCAGCAACAUACUUCUGUUUGAUGAUGAUGUUGCCAAAAUUGGUGAAUUUUAUCUGUAUUAUCAAUAUCAAUCCCCUGACAUGGCUGCUCGCGUUCAUUUAAGUUGUCUGGAUCGUCUGCUACUAAGAUUACUUCCUUUUCACUGUCCAGAAUUCACAAAGACAGGAAUAUUGACCACAAAGAGCGAUGUCUACACUUUUGGCGUUGUUCUGUUGGAACUCCUUACGGGCCGUAAACCAUUCGAUAAUACCUUACCGCGUGGACAAGAAAGACUAGUGACAUGGGCAACCCCUAAACUAAGCGAAGACAAAGUGAAGCAAUGCGUUGAUGCAAGACUACUCGGAGAGUACCCUCUCAAAGCUGUUGCCAAGCUAGCCGCGGUGGCUGCACUCUGUGUGCAGUAUGAUCCAGAUUUGAGACCAGACAUGAGCAUUGUGGUGAAGACACUUCAACCUCUUUUAAACCCUCCUUGUUCUUCUCCUCAGACUCCAGUCUCCACAUAGGAAUUCCCCUAUUCAACUAUUAUAUAGCCCAUCUCAUCUACUUCAUGAUGAUUAAUCAAAGUGUAUUGUUCAUUUUGUUCUGUAUUUGUGUAAAUUUCUAAUAUCUCAUUAACUCUUCAUUCAAGUCCCACUUUUCAAGACCUGUGUAUCAGACCUAUAUCAUUAUAUUCUGUGAUGUCGUUUGCGUGUGGGAAGAAGAACCACAUUUUGUAUGUGCAUGGUAAAUUUAUAUGAUUUCAAAAGACUCAUUUCUAAA